UAUGGCCUGUCUGCUCCGCGCUGCUGCGACCUGGGGGCUGUUCCCCUGGAGGGGCUACUGCUCCAGGGGAACGCAGGGCGAGCUCAGCAAAGGCUUUGUGGAGGCUCUGAAGGCAGUUGUGGGGAGCCCGCACGUGUCCACCGCUGCCGCCGACCGUGAGCAGCAUGGGCACGAUGAGUCCAUGCACAGGUGCCAGCCUCCAGGUGCUGUGGUGUGGCCGCAGAAUGUGGAACAGGUCAGCCGGCUGGCAGCCCUGUGCUACAGCCAAGGAGUGCCCAUUAUCCCGUUUGGCACUGGCACCGGGCUUGAGGGUGGAGUCUGUGCCGUGCAGGGCGGUGUCUGCAUCAACCUGACCCACAUGGACCGCAUCCUGAAGCUGGAUCCGGAGGACUUCUGUGUGGUGGUGGAGCCGGGCGUCACCCGCAAAACUCUCAACACCUACCUGCGGGACAGUGGCCUCUGGUUUCCUGUGGACCCAGGCGCAGACGCCUCGCUCUGCGGCAUGGUGGCCACGGCAGCCUCCGGCACCAAUUCUGUGCGCUAUGGCACGAUGCGGGACAACGUGCUCAACCUGGAGGUGGUGCUGCCUGGCGGCCGGCUGCUUCACACCGCCGGCGCCGGCCGGCACUUCCGGAAGAGUGCAGCUGGCUACAACCUCACGGGGCUCUUUGUGGGCUCUGAAGGGACACUAGGACUCAUCACAGCUGCCACCCUGCGCCUGCACCCUGCCCCCGAGGCCGCGGUGGCCGCCACCUGUGCAUUUCCCAGCGUCCAGGCGGCCGUGGACACCACUGUUCACAUCCUCCAGGCUGCACUGCCUCUGGCCCGCAUCGAGUUUCUGGAUGAAGUCAUGAUGGAUGCCUGCAACAGGCACAGCCGGCUGACCUGCUCCGUGGCGCCCACACUCUUCCUCGAGUUCCACGGAUCUGAGCGGGCACUGGCCGAGCAGAUAGAGCGGGCAGAGGAGAUCAGCCAGCACAACGGAGGCUCCCACUUCUUCUGGGCCAAGGGGGCCGAGGAGCGCAGCCGGCUCUGGGCGGCGCGGCACAACGCCGGGUACGCCGCUCUGGCCCUGCGGCCGGGCUGCAAGGGCUAUUCCACUGACGUGUGUGUGCCCAUCUCCCGGCUGCCAGAGAUCCUGGUGCAGACCAAGGAGGACCUGAAGGCCUCGGGACUCACAGGAGCCAUUGUUGGACACGUGGGCGACGGCAAUUUCCACUGCAUCCUGCUGGUGGACCCAGAGGAUGCCGAGGAGUUGCGUCGGGUCAAGGCCUUUGGAGAACAUCUGGGCAGGCGGGCACUGGCACUCCACGGGACAUGUACUGGGGAACACGGUAUUGGGCUGGGCAAGCGGCAGCUGCUACAGGAGGAGGUGGGCGCCGUGGGCAUGGAGACCAUGCGGCAGCUGAAGGCCACGCUGGAUCCCCGAGGCCUCAUGAACCCAGGCAAGGUGCUGUGAGGGGCUCCAAGCCCUUGGCCCAGCAGCCCCCAGACAGUGGAAACCUCCUGUUCUGGAACCUUCCUUCUCGUCACGGAACAGUUCUGUCUUGGCCCAGACCUGCAGGGGUCCUUGCCUGCCUUCCCCUUGGUCAGAGCCUCCCCGCUGCCAGGGGCCAGGGGCAAGGCCUCAGGGACUGAGCUCUC